GGAUAAAAAGCCCCCAGGGCGCCCCGGGAGGCCCGUUAGCGCUGCUCUGCCGCGGCGCCCGGCCCAGCCCCGACCUCCAGAUCCUGCUGGCGCUCUGAAAUCACCAUGAUGUGGCCCCAACCACCCACCUUCUCCCUGUUCCUGCUAUUGCUGCUAAGCCAAGCCCCUUCCAGCAGGCCGCAGUCAUCAGGCACCAAGAAGCUCAGGCUUGUGGGGCCAGCAGACAGACCAGAGGAGGGCCGCUUGGAGGUGCUGCACCAGGGCCAGUGGGGCACGGUGUGUGAUGAUGACUUCGCUCUCCAGGAGGCUACCGUGGCCUGCCGACAGCUGGGCUUUGAGUCAGCCUUGACCUGGGCACACAGUGCCAAGUAUGGUCAAGGAGAGGGUCCCAUCUGGCUGGACAAUGUUCGUUGUUUGGGCACAGAGAAGACCCUAGAUCAGUGUGGCUCUAACGGCUGGGGUGUCAGUGACUGCAGACACUCAGAAGAUGUUGGGGUCGUAUGCCACCCACGGCGCCAGCACGGAUAUCACUCUGAGAAGGUCUCCAAUGCCCUCGGGCCUCAGGGCCGGCGGCUAGAAGAGGUACGGCUGAAACCCAUCCUCGCCAGUGCCAAAAGGCACAGCCCAGUGACUGAGGGGGCUGUGGAAGUACGGUACGACGGCCACUGGAGGCAGGUGUGUGACCAGGGCUGGACCAUGAACAACAGCAGGGUUGUGUGCGGGAUGCUGGGCUUUCCCAGUCAGACAUCUGUCAACAGUCACUACUACAGAAAAGUCUGGAAUCUGAAGAUGAAGGAUCCCAAGUCUAGGCUCAACAGCUUGACAAAAAAGAAUUCCUUCUGGAUUCACCGGGUUGACUGUCUGGGGACAGAGCCCCACUUGGCCAAGUGCCAGGUACAGGUGGCUCCAGGAAGGGGCAAGCUUCGGCCAGCCUGUCCAGGCGGCAUGCACGCUGUGGUCAGCUGUGUGUCAGGGCCCCACUUCCGCCGACAGAAGCCAAAGCCGACACACAAGGAGUCCCAUGCAGAGGAGCUGAAAGUGCGCCUGCGCUCUGGGGCUCAGGUGGGUGAGGGCCGUGUGGAAGUGCUCAUGAACCGCCAGUGGGGCACAGUCUGUGACCACAGGUGGAACCUCAUCUCAGCCAGCGUCGUGUGUCGCCAGCUUGGCUUUGGCUCUGCCCGGGAGGCCCUUUUUGGGGCCCAGCUGGGUCAAGGGCUAGGACCCAUCCACCUGAGUGAGGUGCGCUGCCGGGGGUAUGAGCGGACCCUGGGUGACUGCCUUGCCCUGGAAGGAUCCCAGAAUGGUUGUCAACAUGCAAACGACGCUGCUGUCAGGUGCAACAUCCCAGACAUGGGCUUCCAGAACAAGGUGCGCUUGGCUGGUGGACGCAACUCCGAAGAGGGAGUGGUGGAGGUGCAGGUGGAGGUGAAUGGGGUCCCACGAUGGGGGACUGUAUGCAGUGACCACUGGGGGCUCACCGAAGCCAUGGUGACCUGUCGGCAACUUGGUCUGGGAUUUGCCAACUUUGCUCUCAAGGACACCUGGUACUGGCAGGGGACACCAGAGGCCAAAGAAGUGGUGAUGAGUGGAGUUCGAUGCUCAGGCACAGAAAUGGCCCUGCAGCAGUGUCAGAGGCAUGGGCCCGUGCACUGUUCCCACGGCCCAGGGCGCUUCUCGGCUGGCGUUGCCUGUAUGAACAGUGCUCCAGACCUUGUGAUGAACGCCCAGCUGGUACAAGAGACGGCGUACUUGGAGGAUCGUCCACUCAGCAUGCUGUACUGUGCUCACGAGGAAAAUUGCCUUUCCAAGUCUGCUGAUCACAUGGACUGGCCCUACGGGUACCGGCGCUUGCUGCGCUUCUCCUCACAGAUCUAUAACCUUGGCCGGGCCGACUUCCGUCCCAAGGCUGGACGCCACAGCUGGAUUUGGCACCAGUGCCACAGGCACUACCACAGCAUCGAGGUCUUCACCCAUUAUGACCUGCUCACGCUCAAUGGCUCCAAGGUGGCUGAGGGACAUAAGGCCAGCUUCUGUCUAGAAGAUACAAACUGCCCCUCAGGAGUGCAGCGGCGCUAUGCAUGUGCCAACUUUGGGGAACAGGGAGUGGCUGUAGGCUGCUGGGACACCUACCGGCAUGACAUCGAUUGCCAGUGGGUGGAUAUCACAGAUGUGGGUCCAGGGGACUAUAUCUUCCAGGUGGUUGUGAACCCCACAAACGACGUUGCAGAGUCAGAUUUCUCCAAUAACAUGAUACGGUGCCGCUGCAAGUAUGAUGGACAGCGAGUCUGGCUGCACAACUGCCACACAGGAGAUUCCUACCGAGCCAAUGCAGAGCUCUCCCUGGAGCAGGAACAGCGACUCAGGAACAACUUGAUCUGAAGCCAUUACUGCACUCCCAGCUCUGCUCACACACCAGAUACCUCAGCUGACUGGAGCCAUGCCCUUCACAAAGCCCUGACUCACAGGACAAGGGGCACCAAGAAGCUGCUCAGGAGGCCUUUCAGUGGCCAGAUCAUCACCCGGGAUGGCAGUUCUCUCAGGAUGGCUCUGGGCCAGCUCAACCUUCUCUUCCUUCAGGAGACUCGAUCUUCUUUACAACUUGAUGCACAGUUCCCAGUUUCAGGAGCUCUAAGUUCCUCAGGGAUGAACUGUGACCAAGGCCCCCUCUAAGUGGUGCUUUGCAAAUGUCUUGGAGGACCAGAGAACACAAGCCGUGGAUGGAGUCAGUUCUCUCUGCUAUACGCUCCAGGCAAAAGAACCAUGUCAAAGUCACACCUGGCAGAGAAGCUGGUGAACACAGUCCCUCAGCUUACCCUCACUUAGAACUCACAUCUCAGGCUCUGAGGCCUCUCCUUGGCAUCUUUACCUUCAUUCGGUCACACAUGGUGUUUCCAAUAUCCCUGAACCCUCAGGCCUCCUCCAUUUCCUGAUGGAUCACCACCUCAAUUAUUGGGGCUGGGGAGCAGGUUUCACAGAAUGACGAGUCAGGGUCUUUCCUUCAGAGUAGCCAAAAGAAAGAUGAAGGCUGAGGUCACAUGAAUUCAGCCUCGGAGGACCUCAGCCCAGGGAGGUGCCAUAUCUGGCAGGCAGGCCAGUCUCUUAGAAUCACCCACAUUGUAGGGUUAGCCUAAAUUUCAGGUUUAACCAAAGCCACUUCACCUUAAACUUUUGCAACUGAGAAGAAAUUGGUCAGUCAAGCCCCUCUGCAGGAACACCAAGACAGGUCCAGUAGAGUUAGGAACAGAAGACCGAGUUAACAAGAAGUGAGAAGGAAACCUGGGGGCGGCCACCAUCCAGUGAGGCGGCCACCAUCCAGUGAGGCGGCUGUGCUCUGUUCUUGCUCAGGUGGUAUAAGACCUGGAGUCUUCUAGGGCACGCCUGGACCUUUUCUCCACUGAUAUACACACAGAUGAUCCUUCUAGAUCUUAUAAUGCCAAUAAAGGUUGCUCAUUAUGGGCUGCUACAAAGACCAGACCAGCUGAGCUUCCGCAGCUUCCAGUGCACUACACUCUGCCCCCUUCCCUCUAGAGCUGGAUGGCGCUCAGAACACAAUCCUUGGGACAGCCCACCCCAGUACAUUUCUUGGGUCACACACUAACCUGCCUUGCAGUUACACUGCCCAAGAUCAACAGUGAAUCUUGGGUCAGGAAGGCUGAGAGGUGAAGGGGAGGAAUGAGAAGGUGUAACCCAGACUUUAGACUUUUAUAACAGAGGCUACAAAAUAAAAAAUAGAGGGUAGCAGACAGAACUGAUUUUACAGCAUUCUCCUCCCCACAGUACAAGAGCUACCCUCAUAGUGAAAAGACAUGUUUUGGGAUACCUUCUGUGAACAAAACGUACCUUUUUCUGUCUCCUCCAUUCCGUCAUCUCCUUCAUCUGGCACAGGAAGCCUGUUUUGGUGUAACAGUCUAGGUAAACAAGGGAAGGCCUGAUUUCCUGUUGGAUCCAGCAAACAGUGAUAUUAUCCUCACACAUGAAGCUAAUGUUCUUUCUGCAAAAGAAUGUGAGCAGCUAGCUAGGGGUGGGGUGGCGAGUGAUGACUGGACUUGGGCAGGGAGGUUACCCUCACCUUCUUGUUGGAUCUAGUUUCCAAGAGGCCAGCAAAAGCAGGCCAGGCAGACAGCCACCAGCAUGCUCUCAGCUUUCCGGCCCACAUCACACGAGUGGUAGGGGCAGCCAGUUCUAAUUCCUGGAAAAAGCUAUACAAGGGCUGUGCUGUUAAACUUCUGAGUUGAAAGGGAAAGACACGGGCAGGUUGGUGGCUGGGCAUGACUUAGAACUAGAUGAGGAAUGUUAACAGAAUACCAACCGCCAAAUUCCAGACAGAACCAAAAACCUCAGAAGACAUUCACCUUGGCACCCUGUGUGCUCCAGAGAAGGGCUAGGAAGCUCUCCCCAGAAGCUAAGCUAACAGGCUUUUAGACGAUGAAGAGAAAACUAGAAUCCACAGAGACUGUAGCUUUUUACUAGAAAUUCUACAUAACCCUGAGAUUUAGACCUUUACCAUACACAAAACAUAUAUGUAGUGUCCAUGAGAGGUUAUCCCCCACAGCUAACUUUUCUUUCAGCGCAGCCACAGCACUCAAACAGCCCUUCUUAUCUUAGAGAGGUCUGUUCCCUGAGAGAGCAGCAGCCACACCGUGUUCUCCCAUUAACUCCUCUUAUAAAUGUGGCAUUUAGAUCUAACCAAGGAUUUAUCCCGCAUGGACAAGCUUGAGCCGUGGCUGGGACUUCUUACCACUGACUAAUACACAGCAUCCCCAAUUACUGGAAUAAUGUAAGCAAAAAAAAGCAUAUUUUCAAUAGAAGACAGCACUGUCCCAAAACUUUCAAAUGCUGACUUAAAAACCUGUUCUCCGAGACGGAUGAGAAUUAUCCUGAGUUAAACGCAGCUGAUGAUCAGACAUAAGACAGGCUGCUUCUUUAAAAACUCGGUAAUAAACAUUAACAAUGCCUCUAGAGAAGGACACUAAAGCCGCUAACAAGAAGUCCUGUCACAGACACGUUUGUCCCUUCUCAAGGUCAUCCAGCCUGAGGGUGUAGCUCAGAGGUGAGUGCUGUCUGGUACAUGUAUGGCCAUGGUCAUGGCAUCUAACUUGGGGUAGGGUGUGAAAACAUGGCAAGUGUGUGCCUUCAAAGUGUCUCUCGGUAUAAAGCCAUGCUGGGGGCUGGAGCAGUUAACUGCUCAGCAGUUAGGAGCCUGGUUCUUCCAGAGGACCCAGGUACAAUUCCCAACAUCCAUGUGGUGGCUCAGAACCAACUGUAAUUCUAGUCCCGGGAGAUCUACACACACUUAUGGCCUCCACAGUUACCAGGAAUUCAGAUAUACAUAAAAUUAAUAACAGAAAAUUAAUAAGGUAACGUGUAAUAUAUAAAAUAAAUAUAUUUAUAAUAUAUUAUUAUAUUAAUAAUAAAUAACAUAAAAAAUAAUAAAAGGCA